UUAUCUGUGGUAUAGACUAAUUCUAUGUUCUAAGGUCAAACUUCUUCAGAAGGCUCACAUAAUUUGAAUUAUUUUCAUUCAAAUAAAAGGAGGGUUUGAAGGAAACUUUGAUAGACCAUUGCUCCAGCUAAAUAACACACUACACAAUGGCCAAAAAUAAAAUUCAAGUACUCUUAGGUUUCGAAGAUGAAAUCGUUAAUGAUAAAAAUAAACACUUGGUAAAUUUUAAAACCAACAAAAUUGGAGGAAAACCCGAACUUCCAAGUAAUAUUGAAUGGGAUUCUCCAAAGUGUUCAUUGUGUCAGCUUCCGAAACCUCUUGUGGUUCAAAUUUAUGCACCCCUAGAUAAUUCAAGAUACCAUAGGACUCUUUAUGUUUUUGCCUGCAUAAACCCAAACUGCUGGAAUCAAAAUGAAAGCUGGACUUGUCUUCGUAUUCAGUCACAAGAAUCUAUUCCUGAUGAGAGCACUCAGUUUGUUUCAAAAACUAACUCUAUGAAUUGGUGUAAUGAUGCUGAUGAUUGGGGCGAUGAUAAAAAUGCCAAUGAAAAUGAAGAAAAUGGUAACAUAAUCAGUUCUGAGAGGAUAUCAGAUGAAGAUGAAGAAAGCUUUAGUUUCGAUGAUUCUGUAAGAUCUAUCUUUGAAAAUCUUUCUGUUGAUGAUAGGAACGCUAAUAUUGGAGCACAAGGGGGUGCAGUCGGAAGGCAGAAUUCUCCAGGAGCUUCAGCAGAGAUAGAAGGAGAUGAAGGAGAAAUCAUAACUAUCGAUAGUCCAAUAAUGCCCCAAAGAGAUAUCAGAGCUAUGCUUCACGAGACAGCACCAUUACCUUCCGAAAUAUGCGGUGCAAGCAAUUUAAGUCGGUGUCCUUCACUGUAUUUCUCUUCAUUUUUCAUGAGCGUCUGGGAAGAAUCGAACACUGCCCCCAACUUUAACGAUAUUCAUGUAAAGGAGUUGUUGCAGGAGUACCAGCAGAAGGAAGAGUUCAAUGAUAUCAAUAUUGAAACCAAUGAUGGAAGACAGAGUGAAGGGCAUGAGAGCUAUGAGAAAAGUGUGCCCGCUCAUGGGGAUAAGACGUUUCACUAUUUCGUUUCCAGAAUGCAGAAAAAUCCUGGACAAAUUUUAAGAUAUAGUCGUGAAUGUGAAGGUCCUCUGUUGCUGCGUCCUCUACAGGAAAUCGUUCCAAAAUGUCCCUAUUGUCAAGAGGAAAGGAUAUUUGAAUUCCAAAUUCUGUCUACCAUAAUUCCAAAAUUGAAGUUGACAAUUGAUCAUAAAACUUGUAGUCGUCUAGAAUUCGGAACAGCAUUGAUUUACACUUGUCGAAAUAGUUGUUGGUCUUCCGAUAAUGAAGUUAGAAUGGAGACUGUUUUGAUACAAAAAGAAAUGUAUUGAUUUUGUGAUCUGAAGUAUGAAAUCUUUCUGAUCGUGAUUUUUCCAAUCAUUAUGAUCAUUCCUUUUGACGAAUAGUUAUUUAUACCAGGGGUAAAUUUCAUUUUGGCAAAUAGGCAAUAUUGAACUUUUUCCGCCGUUACUAUUUGGUAGUUCAUCAUGAUUAAAACAAGUUUUUAUUACUAAUAAGUUUUACUACCUAUCAAAAUGAAAUAACAAUUUAAGGAUUACAUUGUGUCACCGCAGUUUCGAACUUAUUCUUGUUCAUCUUCAGGCACUGUGAAGAUUCUACAAAUUGUACAGAGCAUUUAUGUAAAACAGGUACAAGAAAGGUGGUGCUUGGGAAAACCAGGGAAGAGGCUUUAAAAUUUGGUAGAUAACGAACAUUUUUGACCGUUAUCUAACUUCCAGGAAUUAUUUGAAAGCAUUUUAAAUAGGCAAUAAAUAGAGAUGAGAUAUUCUUCAGAAUAAUGAACUUUGCCAGCAAUU